GGAGCAUCCAAAGUUCAUAUUGCCUGUAAGAGAAAUAACGUGGAAAAGUUGAAGCAGUUGCUGGCAGUACCCGGUGUGGAUGUUAACCUGAAAGACAACGAUGGCUGGACGCCACUGCACGAGGCUUGCAAUCAUGGCAGCUACGGCUGUGUCAUGCUGUUGCUCGAUUAUGUUCCUGGCACAGCCACCAGCAAUGCUUCAGAGCAAGGGGAUCCCUCUGCAUGUAAAGUGGACCUUAAUGCCGUGGGAGGAGAAUACAAUGUCACACCUUUGAUAGAUGCGGUUAAAAAUGACCACGUGGAAAUCUGUAGGCAGCUGAUACAGUAUGGGGGCGAAGAGCUUUUGAAC